AUGGAAAACACAAAUGUUUCCAGCAGCGAUACGGGAAAAAGAGGUCUGUUUGUUUGGCGUGAACAUCACGAAAUGGGUUUACUACGGGAAGUGCUCACACAUGAGCCUUAUAGAUUUCGUUUUGGCUCAGUAUGGACAGGGGCAGUAUGGACAGCCAUAGCUUGUCAGCUGGAAGAUAUGGGGAUGAAAGUAAACCAACGGUCAGUGCGAGAGAAAUUCACCGGAAUGAUGACAAGUUUUAAGAAAAAGGAGGCACAAGAAAAGAGAGCUAGUGGUGUGGAUGUCGACUUCACGGAGAAAGAUCAGGUAUUGUUGGAUAUCAUGGAGAGAAUGGAGGAAUGUGAGGAAGAGAAUGAGCAAGAAAGGCAGAAGGAAAAUUAUGACAAAGAAACUGGAGCGGAGACGAGGAAGCGAGCGGUCGAGAGGCUAGGAGAGACAAGGGGAAACGACCCAAUGUGGAAGGAGAAGAAGGAGGAACACCGGAAGGGAAACGGAAAAGAAGUGGAGAGCUGGUGGAAGUACUAA